GGUCUCUGGUCUUAGGAACCUUUAAAAGAGGCUGGUUCUGCAGCGGUGUAGUUCGGAUUCAAAGCAGCUUCUGCGUGUUUAGUGCAUAUGCAGAAUAGUUGUGUAUUUUUGUUUGUUCUGAUCGGUUCACUCCUCACGUGUCCGCGCGCAACCCGCUGAUCAGCCCGUACAUGUUGGAGUGAUCAGGUCUCCGGUGGUGACGGUAACGCACAGGCGGGCAGCCACCUCCGUGCGCCCGGGGGAGAAGCGGCCACCAUGCUGUUCCCGUCGGACGGCCCCUUCAACAUCUCAUGCACAAACUGCACCGAGGAGCUCAACUCGACGCAGCAGCCGGAGGCCGGAGCCGCUGCGGGCCUCAGCGGGAAGAGAAACGACACCGACCCGUUUGGACGCAACGAGCAGGUGGCCAAGAUCGAGAUCACCGUCCUGAGCCUCGCGUUUCUUGCGGCGGUGGUUGGGAAUGUGAGCGUGCUGCUGGCCAUGUCCAAAAACCGGCGGAAACCGUCGCGCAUGCACCUGUUCAUGAAGCACCUGAGCCUGGCGGAUCUGGUGGUCGCGUUCUUCCAAGUGCUGCCGCAGCUCUGUUGGGAGAUCACCUUCCGUUUCUACGGACCGGACUUUCUGUGCCGCAUCGUGAAACACCUGCAGGUGCUGGGCAUGUUCGCCUCCACCUACAUGAUGGUGAUGAUGACCCUGGACCGCUACAUCGCCAUCUGCCACCCGCUGCAGACGCUCCAGCAGCCAACGCAGCGCGCAUACAUGAUGAUCGGCUCCACCUGGGCGUGCAGCCUGGUCCUCAGCACCCCGCAGUACUUCAUCUUCUCCCUGAGCGAGGUGCGUCCCGGCUCGGCCGUGUACGACUGCUGGGGACACUUCGUGGAGCCGUGGGGGGUGCGCGCCUACAUCACCUGGAUCACGGCCGGGAUCUUCCUCGUGCCCGUGGCCGUGCUCAUCUUCUGCUACGGAUUCAUCUGCCGCACAAUCUGGAGGAACCUCAAGUACAAGACCCACCGGAAGAGCGUCGGCGCCGUGGCCGAGGCCACUAAGAACGGGAUCCUGGGCAGGAACUCGGUGAGCAGCGUCAGCACCAUCUCCCGUGCCAAAUUACGCACGGUGAAGAUGACUUUCGUGAUCGUGCUGGCGUACGUGGUGUGCUGGGCGCCUUUCUUCACCGUGCAGAUGUGGUCCGUGUGGGACGAGACCUUCUCCUGGGACGACUCUGAGAACACCACCGUCACGUUGUCCGCCCUGCUGGCCAGUCUCAACAGCUGCUGCAACCCCUGGAUCUACAUGAUCUUCAGCGGACACCUCCUCUCCGACUUUGCCAGCAGCCUGCCGUGUUGCCGCUCGCUGAGGAACAAGUUUGUCCACCGGGAUUCGGACAGCAGCAUCCGCCGGACCACGCUGCUGUCCCGCCUGCACGGCCCACGCCUCUCAGAGCCGUUCAGAGACCUGAACCCCACCCCCAAAACCUGUCCGCAGUGCCCAUCUACAUCCUGACCGGUGGAAACCCUGCCUGAAGUGAUCUGAAUCUGCUGGUCUGUGGCGGUGAAGGAAGGUCCCAGCUCAGCUGAGGGUCACACCUACAGUUUGCUUUCUUUGGUCCAAACCAGAGUGGAAAAGUUUACCCCGAGGCGGCUUAUAGUGUUGGUCUGAUUAGGUUUAGACAAAGAGUUUUAAUGUCUAAUGUCAGCCUGACAGAUUGGAUUUUUGAGGGUCAAAACAGAUCCAUUCAUGUAAACUUUAUCUAUUAGCAUGACGGUCUUGAUUUCGCUCUUUGGUGUAACUUAACUGCUUUAGUGUCAAACGUGAAAAAUGGCUGAUAAUGAGCAUCUGUCUACAGUGAGGUUCAUUUUGUGACAUGUUUUGUGAUCCCCUUGGAUUUCCUGCACAUCACUGAGUGAACUAACCUCAGGUGAUUAAAGUUACUGAGUCGUUGUGGAAUCUGAUUUGGGCUUGAUGACAGAGGGGUCCAAACUGGACCGAGUCUGUGCCAGUCUGGGUCAGUUGGUGUUUACGGUCGGCAGAUAAAAUCAGAUAAAAAGAGCCUGGCGUCACAUCUGUGGUUCCAGAAACAUGCAGUAGAAAUGUACAGCGUCACCGUUUGACAACGUUUGGCGACUGGGCUGCAGUAACAGCACAGUCACAACUCUUUGUAAAGGUACUUCACACUGACUACUUUUAUUAUUAAUUAUCACACCGAUUAGUCAUUUGGACUAUCGUAAAAAUUUCAAGCAAAUAGUUAAAAAUGUGCACAAGUAUGUAAGUUUACAUAUUUAAAUAAUUGGUUUCGUCCAUCUAUCAGUACAACUGCUCCACAGAAGACAAAGAAAACCAGUAAAUAUUUACAUUUGAGGAGCAGGAACCAAAGUCUGGAUUUAUUAAACUUCCAUCAGAACUGCUGCUGAUUUAUUUCCUUUCUGUUAGCUGCUGAUAACCAGACUGUUUCAGCUCUAAAAGGUUUACUCCUUAAUUUAGCUCAGAUUCUUCUGUACCUGCUGCACCUUGUUGUAAUUGUUAAAAAUGAGUUUGUAAUUUGAAGCUUCUGAAGUGUAACGAUUUCUACAUUCAUAUUAAAGUCAUGUGAAAGCCAGUGUGAGCUUAUUCAAGUGUACAUUACCCUCAGUCCCUUUGGAUAGUAAACAGACAAGAGUGACAAAUAUAAUGUUGGAUGUAUGAUGAAUAAAAUGCACUUUGUUUAAUAGAAAUGAUGUUGUU